AUGGACCCCGGGAAAGAAAAGUUCAACGAUGCCUCAAGUUCACGUUCCGAGAUUGGCAACAAUGGCAAUCAUUUUUACGAUCCCUCUAAAGAAUCAAUAUGGACACGUCUUGGAGUCAAUUUCGAGAGUUUUAAACGAGCACCAGGAGUUACUGGUGACCGGCUGGUGGCUGGAGACCUCUCAGAGGCAGAAAUAGAAAAAAUCAAGAGCGAAACUCCAAUGCUUCAGGCCAAGAUGAAAAAGCGGCAUCUUACUAUGAUCGCCGUCGGUGGAAGUAUCGGAACAGGACUUUUCGUCGGAUCCGGUUCCGCAUUGAAAAUCGGAGGACCAGCUGCAAUCUUGAUUGGAUGGAUCAUUAUGGGUGUUAUGUUGGUUAACGUUACGCAGGCUAUUGGCGAAAUGUCCAUUCUCUACCCCCUUUCCGGAGGCUUUUACAUGCUCGCUAACAGGUUCCUGGACCCCGGUUUCGCUUUUGCUAUGGGUUGGAACUAUUUCCUGCAAUGGGCCGUCGUUUUACCCUUAGAAAUCACCGUGGCCGGAACAACUGUUCAGUAUUGGACGGAAAAAGUUCCGAUAGCUGUGUGGAUUACUGUCUUUUGGGUUGUAAUCAUGAUUCUAUGUCUGUUCGGAACGCUUGGCUAUGCGGAGGAAGAAUUUUGGUCAUCAUGUCUAAAGUUGUUAAUUGUGGUCAUGUUUGUUUUCAUCGGAAUUAUUUGUAUUUGUGGAGGUGGACCAACAGGUGGAGAAUAUGACCAUUACAUCGGUGGUUCUCUGUGGCAGAAUCCUGGCGCUUUCGCCAAUGGAUUUCAAGGUGUUUGCGCAGUCUUUGUCACUGCUGCUUUCUCCUUCUCCGGAACGGAACUAGUUGGUCUUGCCGCUAGCGAAACUCCCAAUCCUCGUGCAACGAUGCCUGGAGCUGUGAAGGGAACUUUCUGGCGUAUUACUGUGAUAUACGUCACAUCGCUGACCAUCAUUGGGUUGCUCAUUCCAUGGACCGACGAGCGACUGCUUGGUGGAACCUCAGCUGCCGCCUCCCCUUUUGUCAUUACCCUUGACAAUGCUAAGAUUCCCGGACUGAACCAUCUCGUCAAUGCCACAAUCUGUGUUUCCGUACUUUCAAUUGGUCUUUCCUGUGUGUACGCCGGAUCCCGAACCCUCACAGCCCUAGCAGAAACUGGAUAUGCUCCCCGUAUUUUCACCUACGUUGACAAGUCUUCCCGGCCUCUGUUCUCCGUUAUCGCUGUGCUGCUCUUCGCUCCGAUUGGGUAUGUAAAUGUCGUUGCCGUGGGUGAUACCGUCUUCCUCUGGUUGCAAGCUAUCUCCGGGCUUUCCGUCUUAUUCACGUGGGGUGCUAUCUGUUUAUGCCACAUCCGUUUCCGUCGUGCUUGGAAAGUCCAAGGUCAUUCGACAGAGGAACUUCCGUUCAAGGCCAUGGGCGGUGUAUGGGGCUCAUGGCUCGGAGUUAUUCUCGUAGUCAUCGUGCUCAUUGCCCAAUUUUACGUCGCUAUCUGGCCCGUCGGAGGAGUAUCAAAUGGUAAUGAACGUGCACAAAGCUUCUUCGAAGCAUACCUCGCCGCUCCUAUUAUCCUUGCCUUCUGGAUAGGGGGCUACUUGUGGAAACGCACCAUGCCAUGGCGUGCACAUGAGAUCGAUUUGGACACUGGUAGGAAAAGUUGGCUUACGGUUGAGGAAAUGCGCCAAUACCGCGCAGAUCGAAAGGCUGCUCCUUCAUAUGUUCGUAUAUACCGUACCCUAUUUACUAACUAA